AUGGGAAACUUGCUCCUCUUCAUACUAUACAUGUACAUCUUUUUAGUUCAGCCUCAUCAGAAGAAGCCCGUAGAUAUGAUCUUCACACAUCUAAUGCUUGUCAAUGUUUUGAGCAUCAUGUUCAAGCUGAUGCCAGAUGUCAUGAGAUCCUUUGCAGUCAGGAUCCUUUUCCAUGAUGUUGUAUGUAAGGCAGUUUUGUAUGCAUACAGUGUUACUAGGGGCCUUUCCCUCUGUACUAUCUUGCUACUAAGUGUAUUUCAAGCCAUCACUCUCAGUUCUAAACAUUCCAAGUGGGCAUGGCUUAAAUCCAAGCUUGAGUCAUGCAUUUUUCCCUUAUUCCUCAUCAUGUGGAUCAUCAACACAUUUCUCUAUCUUCCCAUGGUUGAAAACAUAAAGGGAAAAAUCAACUUCACUUUUGUGGAUUCAAAGUAUUCCCAGAUAUACUGCCGAAGUAGCCAGGUUCGCCACCACACCACCAAGUCACUUGUAACUGCACUAAUAAUUAGAGACGUCCUGUUUGUGUUUCUCAUGAUAUGGUCCAGCCUCUACAUGGUGAGCCUCCUCUUCAGACACAAUAGGAGUACACGGCAUGUCCACAGUUUCAGUGUCUCUCUCCAUGCAUCUUCUGAAAAGAGAGCCACCCACAGCAUCCUUCUGCUUGUGGCUUUUUUCAUGUUUUUUUAUUGUUCAAAUACCUUUGUCACCUUCUAUUCACUUUACCAACCCAAGAGCAACCCAGUAUUGGAUCUGAUUGGUGGAGUUUUAUCAUCAGGCUACCCAACUGUCUGCCCUUAUGUUCUGUUGAACAAUAGGAAACUUAUUUCCAAAUUUAUUUCUUCAUUUUCAAACUUUAAAUGUACCUUUUUUGCAAGAGGAUGCCACUGCUAA